AUGUCCCAGCUCUUCUUUGGAAAGCCAGCCCCUACCUCUCAGUCUACACCAAAACCCGGUCAUCAUCAUCCCUCAUCACCCAUGGUAAAUGAAUGAAAAUAUGAGACUGUCCAGCUCAACUCUGAAUGACUGAUAUCUUGCACCUGUGAAUCCUUUGCUACUUAUUGUUGACAACUGUAUGCUUUCAGAAAAUAUUAUGGUUUGAUUGACAUUUCUCCCUGUAUCCUUAGGACCCUGAUAAAGGACAUGGGCCAGACCAGGACAUCCCUGGUGAGACAUUUUCGUUUGUGACACUGGACAAUAGCCAUGGACAGCAAAGGUAUGGAGUUACUGGGUUUGAAGUAUUAUUCAUUAUGUGUUCUGUUCAGUAUUUAACUUUUUUUUUUCAUGGAAGUGAGGACUCCGGCAUCAACAUUUCAAACAUCUCCGAUAGAGGUGAUGUACACAACAGUACUUCCAGCGGCAUCAACAUUUCAAACAUCUCCGAUAGAGGUGAUGUACACAACAGUACUUCCAGCGAGCUCCCAGGUGAGGAGACAACAAAUGUUCUCAGUUCAACGAUAGAGGAGAUAGGCAAGAAGGCCCAGGAUCUGAUAGAGAGAAUCAACCAGAGCAGAGCCAUGGACCAGGAAAUCAUGACCACCUUCGAGAACAAGUUAAUUAAUAAGGUAUCACUGUUCUACUGUUGAGUAAAAAGCACAUGGUCAUAAUUUUCUGUAGUUAAAAAAGAAUGCAUUGAGAUUGAGUCUAAUGUUUAUGUGGAGGAGUGUGACUGUGACUAAUGUGUAUUUGCGUGUUUGUGUCCCUCCCCAGGUGAGUGAGGUGUGCCAGCAGGUGAAGGAGCAGAUGUUCAGCAGCUAUGAGGAGCAUGGCCAUGGGAUGGAGGCCAAUCUGCAGGAGCUGUCUGAGGUGCUGGAGAGGAGCAGUCAGCUCAGUAUGGAGCUGCAGGGAGCCAGUCAGACCUUAUCAGCCAUCAACAACAGCCUGCAGCAGACAGCUGAGCACUGA